GCGAGGAGGGGGGCGAGGAGAGAGAGAGAGAGAGAUGGAGACGUCAACGGUAGGUGGUGGCGAAGGCAUGGAGGGGAUGUCGGUGAAACUUGCAACGGAAGAGGUGACGCUAUUUUCGGCGUGGUUUUGCCCUUUUGCGCAGAGGGCAUGGAUCGCUCUAGAGGAGAAAAAGGUGAAGUUCCGAUGUGUUGAAGUCGAUCCUUAUGCGAAACCCGCGGAACUGAUGGCUGCUAAUCCGCGCGGCCUUGUGCCUGCCAUUGUUCACAAGGGAAAGGGUUUGUUCGAGUCCAUGGUGGUCGUAGAAUAUGUGGACGAGGCUUUUCCACGUGGCAGCUUGGGUAUCGACGAUCGCCCUCGUGGCUCUCUUAUGCCACUGGAGCCUUACGAUCGUGCCCUCGCCCGCAUUUGGAUUGACCAUAUUGGAAAGAAGGUGGUCCCCACGUUCUACCGCGUCCUUCAGACGCAAGAUCCCAAGGAACAAGACGAAGCUAAAGCCGACUACCUACGCGCCCUCAAGGAGCUUUCCAUGGCGAUGGUGGAAUUAUCGCCAACUAGCUCCUUCUUCAUGGGAGGUGAGCAGCUGGGAAUCGUAGACAUAGCACUGGCGCCAUGGGUAGCAGCUCGUAGCAUCAUUGUAGAGCAUUACCGAAACUUGUCUAUCCCGCCGUCAUCGGACUUCGAACGACUUCGCAGAUGGCGAUCGGCGGUUCUCAACCAUCCAAGUGUGAAAGCGACGCUUCAGGAUGAAGACAAGCUAAUCCAGAUUUACAAGCGGUAUGCAACCAACGAGGCGACAUCGCAGGUGGCAGUUGCAAUCAAGACCAACCGCCCUCUGCCGUGAUUAGUGAGACAUCGGACUUCGGACGACUUCGCACGUGGUGAUCGGCGAUUGUCGACCAUCCAAGUGUGAAAGCGACGCUUCAGGAUGGAAGACAAGCUAAUCCAGAUUUACAAGCGGUAUGCAACCAACGAGGCGACAUCACAGGUGGCGAUUGCAAUCAAGACCAGUCGUCCUCUGCCGUGAUUAGUGAAACAUGGUUAGUCUGAAGAAAACCAUCUUCAUGACAGUUGGUUGAGCGUGCAACCCCCAUGAGGGAGGUCACGUGUUCGAUUAUUGAGAUCGGACCAUGGACCCAAAACAAUGCAAUACCUUACAGUUGGCGUCUUAAAUUGAAAUCGAAGACCAAAAUUAAUGUGCUUCUACCGUGAUUUCCGACAUAAGCUCAAGGAAUAAAUGGAUAGGCUACAUGCCAGGUGGCCAAAUGUCCUCUGCCCUCGCUUGUAAUAUUAGGCUGAAGUUCAUAGAGUGAUCCACAUGGUAGGUGGCAAUUUCAGGUUAAAUAGUAUAGGGAAAACUACGGUAGGUAGAAUUAGCCUUUUAAAAAAAGAAAAAAGAAAAAAACUACGGUAGCGCGCUGAGGGCGCUGUAACGGUUUCAGUUUGAAAAAUGCGCUUCGGUCACAUUUCGCGAAUGUGGUGCCAAACAGAGGAAAAUAGUGGAUGUAUGCAACCUAGCUUCGGGGUCGGGUGCGGAUGUGUUGUAUUCGAGGGAUGCCUGAACUACAUUUUAAACGGAAAUCAUGACUGCUCCCGACCGGUAGUUACCCCUAUAGUAUAUUAGCCAGGUGGCACUUGCCGGUACCCCUAUAGUAUAUUAGCCAGGUGGCAAUUGGCGGAAAUGGGCCACAUGACAGGUGGCAGUUGCAAUCAAGAACAGUCGUAGUCUGCAGCGAGUGCGUGACGCAAUCGGAAGGUAAUGGUGAUGGACUUCGCUCGAUACCCACGAAAUACCUCUCUCUUGAUUGCCAGCCAGUCAUGUACUCCGCCUCCAGUGGCUCCUCUAGGGUAGGGAGGCGAGGCCAAAUCAACAACGCUACCGGUG